CUUAGGUACCAUACUGAGCCAAAAAAAAUUAUUGUGACUUCUGCUUGUAACACAAAGCGACACUAGAACACUGAAAAGUUAAAUGCUAAAUGAAAACUGACUCUCUGUCACGCUCAUGACUUCUGACAUGACAAGUCACAUGCGCCAACUGCAGGCCUCUUAUGAUAUUAAUUUAUCAAUACAAUAAUUAUUAGUUAUUACAAUAAGGUAAUACGCUUUGUUGGAAAAACAAAUUUUUAUAAGAAACUUGGUGAUAAUGACAACAAAUGCAAAUGAGCAAAAAGCUCAGCAAUUAAUUGCCGAAGCUGAAAAGAAACUUGGGCCUAGAGGAUUUUUUGGAUCCCUAUUCGGGGGUUCCAGUCGAGUAGAUGAUGCAGUGGAAUGUUACCAACGUGCAGCGAAUUUGUUUAAAAUGGCAAAAAAUUGGCCAUCAGCAGGGAGUGCCUUUUGUGAAGCUGCUAAUCUACACCUGAGAAGUGGGGCUCGACAUGAGGCAGCAACGAAUUACAUAGAUGCUGCAAACUGUUACAAGAAAUCUGACACUAACGAUGCAGUGGCUUGUUUUUUAAAAGCUAUAGAAAUGUACACUGACUUGGGACGAUUUUCUAUAGCAGCAAAACAUCACCAAUCUAUUGCUGAAAUGUAUGAAAAUGAUGCUGUGGACCUUAAUAGAGCUGUACAACACUAUGAACAAGCUGCAGAUUACUUCAGAGGUGAAGAGAGCAACUCUGCUGCCAAUAAAUGUUUGCUUAAAGUUGCCCAAUUUGCCGCUCAACUGGAACAAUAUGAAAAAGCAAUACAGAUUUAUGAGGAAGUAGCAACAACUUCCUUGGAAAACUCUUUGUUAAAAUAUAGCGCCAAGGAAUAUUUCUUCCGAGCAGCGCUUUGUCAACUAUGUGUAGAUACUUUAAAUGCUCAGCAUGCAUUAAAUCGUUAUUUGCAAAAGUAUCCCGCAUUUCAAGACUCCAGAGAAUACAAACUUGUGAAAACUUUAAUUGAGCAUAUUGAAGAACAAAAUAUAGAUGGUUUUACUGAUACUGUCAGAGACUAUGACAAUAUUUCUAGACUUGAUCAGUGGUAUACAACUAUGUUGCUGCGGGUUAAGAAACAACUUAAUGAAAAUCCUGAUUUACAGGCUGUCCAUUGCUUCUUGAAAGCUAUAGAAAUUUACACUGAUAUGGGUAAAUUUACAAUGGCCGCGAAACACCAUCAAACGAUAGCUGAACUCUACGAAGCUGAAUCUGUAGAUCUGGAGAAAGCUGUUGAGCAUUAUGAACAGGCAGCGGAUUAUUUUAGAGGCGAAGAAAAUAAUGCUUCUGCUAAUAAAUGUUUACUUAAAAUGGCUCAAUAUUGUGCUCAGCUUGAAAACUACGAAAAAGCUAUCCAAAUUUAUGAUAUUGUCGCUACGACUUCUUUGGAGAAUUCCUUGUUGAAGUACAGUGCAAAAGAAUACAUGUUUCGGGCUGCUUUAUGUCAUCUAUGCGUGGAUGUUUUGAAUGCCCAGCAUGCUUUAGAACGAUAUUUGCAACAAUAUCCUGCUUUUCAGGAUUCAAGAGAAUAUAAACUUAUCAAUACUUUGAUCGAGCACAUUGAAGAACAAAAUGUAGACGGUUUUACUGACACAGUAAAGGACUAUGAUGAAAUAUCACGUUUAGAUCAGUGGUUUACCACUAUUCUUUUAAGAAUUAAAAAACAACUGAAUGAUAAUCCAGAUUUGCGUUGAAAAUUUCAUGAACAUAUGUUUUUAAAAUAUACUGUUAUAUUUAAUUUAAACUAUUGCUUAAUUGUUAAUUUUAUGUUAUAUUGAUAAAAAUACUUUAGUAGUAAUAUCCUGUAAUUUUUUUAAAAUAACUUAAUACGAAAUAAAAUAUAAAUUCAGUAGAACCCAGUAAUCCGCGCGCGAGCUAUCGGGGCUGCGGAUUAUCCGAGCCAUGAUUUCCCAUUAUUGAAAUUGAAUUUUUGAAUAGCGUUACCGUAAAUCACUUGUAGAAUUCUAUUUUUUUUCACUUAUCUUUUUACUACAUACAAUGUAAUCCGUGCUUCGUCCGGUUCCGUGGAGCACGGAUAAUCGGGGUUCCACUGUAAUAGCAAUAUUUCAUAUAGACCUAUAAGGCCUUAAGUUUAUAAACAUCUAAAAUUUUGAUGGCAAGACAAUGUGAAUAAUUCAAUAUAAUUGCUAAUAACCAUACGAUCAAUUGACUGCUUUACUAUAUUUUUUGAAUUGGUGGACAAAUUAGUGUGUGUAGCUAUUUCAAACCACAAUAGUUGCACAUUAUUUUUGAUAGAACUAAAUGCACUGGGCCCAGAAUUGAAAGAGUACCUACCUUCAUUUUUCCACAAUCACGUCAGAGGGUUAAUAUAAUGUGCAGAUAUGUUCCCUGGAAUAUUUUUUUUUUAAUUGUUAAAUAGUACAUUGCAGAAGUUCACAUGAAAUAAGUUUUGUUUGGAAUAAAAUAAGGCUAUUGAAUUAUUUGUUGAUUAAGAAAAGGUACUCUUGAAAUUUAAGCUGAACAUGUUAGUUUUUAAUUUUUUUGUGUGAAUAUGACGUGUCUGCCGUUAAUAAGUUGAGUGAGCAGUCUACUACAGUUUUUAAAAAACUGAAAAAAAAAUAUAUUAUUUCCAAGGUAUUUUUAAUAAUUUUUUAUUUUUUGGCAACCAUAAACAUAACAUACUUUUGUUGGUUAAACCUAUAAGUACUAAUUUCUGUGAAAGAUUUAUUUAUUGCUUUUUGGGUAGUGCUGUUUUGGUGAAAAAAACAGAAGGUAUUCCACGGAUUUUAACUGCCUGUAGAAUACGAGUUUAUAAAUUGUGAAUGUAUGCUGUCUAGGUAGGUUUUCAAUUUGUAUUGUCCAUUAUCAAAGUAAAAAAUAGCACUUUUUUCGGAAAUAAUGACACAUUAGUAUUAGAAGUAAAUAAUGCUGUUUAAAUUUAAUAAUUUUAUCAUAAUAAAUUAUGAAGGAAAAGGAUAAUUAGUCCAAGCUUGAAACACUUAGUUGAAACUCGUUUUUGAACGCGAUGUAAGGUUUUUAGAUUAAUAGGAUAUAAUAUAGUAAUUCAUUGAGAGAUAUCAAUUUUAAGCUGUAUAUAAUCAUAGGUGGCAUAAUAAAUUAUAUGAAAACAAAUA